UAAGGCGGACUUCAGCCGCUCUCUUACGUGUACAGCCAACGGGAUCGGCGUUAAGGCUACACCAGAAUAUUUGGCAAGGGGGAAAAAAAAAAAAGAGGAGAGAGGGAGAGAUCUCUUUUUUUUUCUCCCAGUCUCAGAAACAUGUCGAUGAGUCCCAAGCAUACUACUCCCUUCUCAGUGUCUGAUAUCUUGAGUCCUCUGGAGGAGAGCUACAAGAAAGUGAGCAUGGAGGGGUCUGGCUUGGGGGCUCCCCUGGCAGCCUAUAGGCAGUCCCAGGUGUCUCAACCUGGCAUGCAACAGCACAGCAUGGGCCACAAUGGGCCAGUAGGUGCCACCUACCACAUGACAGCGUCAGGGGUCCCUCAGCUCUCCCACACCUCCAUGGGGGGCUACUGCAACGGGAAUCUGGGCAACAUGAGUGAACUACCACCUUACCAGGACACCAUGAGGAAUAGCUCAGCUACAGGAUGGUACGGAGCCAACCCAGACCCACGAUUCUCUACCAUUUCACGUUUUAUGGGCCCCUCCGGUGGGAUGAACAUGGGAGGUCUUGGUAACAUGGGCUCUCUGGGAGAUGUUGGCAAGAGCAUGGGCCCCAUCCAGAGCACACCGAGGAGGAAACGCAGGGUCCUCUUCUCCCAGGCCCAAGUCUACGAGUUGGAAAGGCGCUUCAAACAGCAGAAAUAUCUGUCGGCACCAGAGAGAGAACAUUUGGCCAGCAUGAUCCAUCUAACACCCACUCAGGUGAAGAUAUGGUUUCAAAACCACCGUUAUAAAAUGAAGAGGCAAGCCAAGGACAAAGCAGCCCAACAGCAGAUGCAACAGGACAGCAAUUCAUGCCAACAGCAGCAGUCUCCUAGAAGGGUGGCUGUGCCAGUGUUGGUGAAGGAUGGCAAGCCUUGCCAGGCAGGUUCCAACACACCCACAGCAUCCCUACAGAACCACCAACAACAAGGGCCCACAUCUCUCACUGUGGCCACAAAUGGAUUGGGGCAACAUCAAAGCCAUCAGACAAACAGUGCAGGCCAAUCCCCAGAUAUGGGGCAACAUUCUAGCAGCCCAUCUGGUCUUCAGAGCCAGGUGAGCAGCCUGUCACACCUGAACUCUUCCAGUUCUGACUAUGGCACUACCAUGUCCUGUUCUACCUUACUUUAUGGCAGGACAUGGUGAAUGAGAGCCUCUCAGUUCCUCCUCCUGUAACCCCACUCCACCCUCUCAAAAAAAAAAAAAAUAAUCCUUCUCAGCCUCAAGAAAAACAAAUGGAAGAAGUAAAAUAAAAGAGAGGGAAAAAGGCAGAAAAGGAAAAAGUAAGAAAACAAGUGAAAAAUGGAAACAAAAACAAAAAGUAAGGAUGGAUGAGGGAAAUAACUCUUUAUACGUUAGACAGGAUGCAUUGGUGUUUCACUAAGCAAUCCAAGAAAAAGUGGAAGGUUAGUGAUAGUUAUUAUCCUGAAUGGAUGGCACUCAAAACGUGAAAUCGAGAGAAGGCAUAGACUUCAGCCUCCCAGCAACCUGAUUAUACGUUGCUUUUUGGGGAAACAAAAUUGGGCAAGAGUUAUCCCUAUUUGCAAAGACAAAAUAAAUGUCCUAAUUUUGCAGCCAGCAAUGAAACCAAUUUUUUUUUUUUUUUGUUAGUUUUAACUGAGACUGUAACCCCUCUUAUUUGAUGGACUCCAAAUAUUUUAGUUUUUAGAAAUCUGUACAUUUUGUUGUUUAAAAUAAAUAAGGUACACACACAAGAAAAGAAAAAAGGCAUUUUUUUUUUAUAUAUGGCACUGAAAUGACUGAUGUACAUUAUACCAGAGUAAUGUUCUAUGCGUUUCUUUUUAUUUUUUAUUUUAUCUUCUGUAUCUUAUUUAGAAUUCUGGCUUGAGUA